AUGGCCACUAGCUUCGAAACGGCCAUAACAAAGGCGGUGGAAGAUGGCAUCGUAGCUGGAGCUGCUGUAGCUGCUGUCAGCAAGAACGCAGGCGAGACUUUAUAUGCAAAGGCAUUUGGUAACCGAGUGCUCGGAGACAGCACGAAGCCGAUGGGCCUCGACUCAGUUGCGUGGCUUGCAUCUUGCUCCAAGAUCAGUACCUCCAUCGCUGCGAUGCAGUGUGUCGAGCGUGGAUUGUUAUCUCUCGAUGAGCCGAUCAGUAAGGUGCUCACCGAGUGGUCCAACCCGGAUAUUGUGACAGCGAUUGACGAGGGCGGCAAGCCGGCCUUGAAGAAAGCGACCAAAGCGAUCACUUUGCGGCACUUGUUGAGUCAUUCGUCCGGGUUGUCGUAUGCUUUUAUGAGCCCAUUGACGAUGCAAUAUUUCCAGGCGACGGGAAUAGAUCUCAACAUCUUUAAGAGGGCGAUCAAGGACAGCCUCGUUUAUCCGCUGGUCUUCGAGCCUGGAGAGGGCUGGGAGUACAGCACUGCGAUCGAUUGGGCGGGUCAGGCGGUGGAGCGAGUCAACGGCGGCAUCAAGCUAGGCGAAUACCUGAAGAAGAAUGUCUUUGAACCCGUCGGGGUCAAGGCUACGACCUUCCAGAUGGACCACCCCAACAUCAAGGACAAGCUGCUAGGACGGACCUUUCGUCCCACUCCGGAGGCGAAAGCUGUGACUGACGCUCCUGACGUCGGGAUGUACUUUACCCAGCAGCCUGCGGACGAUUUCGGUGGCGCGGGGCUGUUCAGCUCGGCCGAGGACUAUAUCAAGAUCUUGAGAUCCCUGCUGGUAGACGAUGGCGUGUUGCUGAAACCCGAGAGCGUGCGGGAGCUCUUCGCUCCGCAGCUCCCAGACGGCAAGUAUAUCGCCGAGAAAAUGGACAAUCCACAGUCUGCGGCGUUCCUGGCUCCCAGUUAUGGGGCAGGACAUAAAUGGAAUCACGGGCUCGGAGGCGCGUUGGCAGUCGAGGGGAUUGAAGGCCGUCUGAGCCCCGGAUCUCUGCAGUGGGCGGGUCUUCCAAACUCAUACUGGUGGGUUGACCGCAAGAGAGGUGUUGCUGGAGUUUAUAUCGCUGAGCUGUACCCGCCAGCCGACCCGUUGACACAGCAGCUCUUUGCUCAAUUUCAGAAGGACGCCUAUGCUUUGGCGGGAACAGCAUAG